UAUGCGUACUCUACGGAGCAUAUUUCAUAAGAAAUUUUGCUCCGCAAUCAGCUGGAGAAGUGACUUUUACAAUUCCACAAUCAAACUAAGUUUACCUUCAUGACAUUGAUCAAUCGUGUAUCAAGCCGACUGCUAUCGACAAUGUACAAGAACUCCGGCACCAAUCUCGCAUCGCUCAGCCCCGCUGAGAUCAAGGACUGGGUCGGCUCGUUCGAUACCGUGCUAACGGACUGCGACGGCGUCAUCUGGGUUGACAACAACACGCUACCGCAGGCGACCGACGUUAUCAACAAGUUCAUCGAGAACGGCAAACAACUCUUCUUUGUGACCAACAACUCGACCAAAACGCGACCCGAAUUCGUGACCAAGGCGGUCAAGCUGGGCUUCAAUGUUGGCGUUGACAACAUCAUCUCCACGGCCUGGCUGGCGGCACGCUACCUCAAGGCCAAAAACUUUACCAAGAAGGUGUACGUGGUGGGCUCCACCGGCAUCACCCGCGAGCUGGACGCCGUCGGAAUCCGCCACAUCGGCAUCGGCCCGGACGUCCUGCAAGGCACUCUAGCCGAAGCGGUUCACGCCUUCACGCCGGACCCGGAAGUCGGCGCCGUAAUCGUAGGCUUCGACGAACACUUCAGCUUCGUCAAAAUGAUGAAGGCCGCCUCCUACCUCAACAACCAGGAAGUCAUCUUCAUCGGAACCAACACCGACGAGCGGUUCCCGAUGCCGGACUGUGUUAUCCCCGGCACGGGAAGCAUCGUGAACGCGGUGACGACCUGUGCCGAGCGGCCGCCCACGGUGAUGGGCAAACCGAACAAACACAUCUGUGAUAUACUGCAGCAGGAGUACAAGGUCGAUCCGGAGCGGACGCUCAUGAUCGGGGAUCGUUGCAAUACGGAUAUCCUGCUGGGGAAGAAUUGCGGGUUCAAGACGCUGCUGGUGGAGACGGGAAUUCACAAGGCGGAAGAUAUCGAGAAGUGGGCGCAGUCGGAGGAUGAGGAAACGAGACGGCUGGUUCCGGAUGUUUACGCCGGGAAGUUGGGGGAUUUGCUGCCGUACUUGUAAGGGAUUUGCAUGCCUUGAUGGUUUGAAAGUGGCUUUUAGAACAUUUAUUUUUAUUUGCGAACAUGAUGGACAUAUUCAGCUGCCAUUGAAUAAAUAAAGCUUAAUUUUUUGUUGAAAA